AUGUCUAUAGUAGAACUUCUGAAUACAGUUGAUAAACUCGCCAGAGUCAUAAAUCAGAAGAACCAAGAACUAGAAGAAUUGAAAAAAGGAUACGAUGAGAAAUUGUAUUUAAUAAAUAACUAUGUACGAAGAUUGGAAAGUGUAAUAACAGAUCAUUGUGGUGAUGAUGAUGAUGAUGAUGAUGAUGAUGAGUUUAGAGAAAUAAAUGAUGAGAAAUUGAUACAUACACUUUCCAAUGAUAUUAAUUGUCCAAAUUGUAAUCAUAAAGUUUGGAAUAAUAAAGAAUCUGAAUUUAUAUUAUUACCAAAAUCACAGGUGAAGUAUUUAGUUAGAGGUAAGUCAACAAGUGAAAGUAAUCAACCUGAGACAGAAAGAAUUCACUCAUACACCCAACAGACAUCUUCUUCAUCUACACGACUGUUUCCUCAACAACAGCUGAAAUCUAAAAAUAAAUCGAAAGUCAUUUGUUCAUUCUGUAAAGAGCCAGGUCAUACAAGAGCUAAAUGUCUAACAAGAUUAAAUACACCAGCUACAACAAAUUAA